CGACAAUUCGACAUUCUACAAGACAUGUUGCCAAUAUAUACCCACUGAUUCCCCUGGAGGAGUCCCACUCACAUCGGGAUUGAUUUUCUCUCUCUCCCAAGGUUUAGAAAUUAUUUAUUUUUCAGUUGGGUGUGUUCCUAGAAAUUCAUCUUCUUGCCUCGGAAAAGUCUCGGUUUGUUCACUCGUUCGUUCGUCGAUCAAUUAGAAAUACAAUUGCCUGCGAGCCUGUUAUGGGUAUGAAGAAGAACAGAAGAGUAAACAAGGGGAGGGUGCUGCUGAGAAUUGGCAGUUACGCAAUUGCAUCGUCGACUAAGGACCCCACUUCUGUUUCCUGCACAACGUUUAAUAUUCUUGCGCCCAUUUACAAAAGGCUCGAUCAUGAGGACCCGAGUUUCAGAGAAAGCGAUGUGAAGGACUGUUGGCUUGAUAGGAACGAGAGGAUUUUGGAUUGGUUACUGUGCGAAAGAUCUUCCAUUAUUUGUCUUCAGGAAGUUUGGGUUGGGAACGAAGAGCUUGUGAGUAUUUAUGACAAGAGGCUUGGUGAUGCUGGUUACAUCAAUUUCAAGCUUGCCCGGACAAAUAAUCGUGGAGAUGGUCUACUUACUGCUGUGCAUAAGGAUCAUUUUCGGAUCAUUGCCCACAGAGAGUUACUUUUCAAUGAUUUUGGGGACAGAGUUGCUCAGCUGCUGCACGUCGAGCUAGUUGCUCCCUUUCAGCAAUGCCGGAGCAGCGAAGUUUGUCAAGACAUUCUUAUAGUGAAUACACAUUUAAUGUUCCCACACGAUUCUAGCUUGAGCUUGGAGCGACUGCGUCAAGUUUACAAAAUAUUGGAAUAUGUGGAGUCAUAUCAGAAAGAGAAUAAACUUAAUCCAUUGCCUAUCUUACUUUGCGGCGACUGGAACGGAAGCAAGCGGGGGCAUGUAUACAAGUUUCUUAGAUCUCAAGGCUUUGUAUCUUCGUACGACACAGCUCAUCAGUAUACUGAUGCAGAUGCUCACAAGUGGGUGAGCCACCGGAACCAUCGUGGGAACAUUUGUGGGGUUGAUUUCAUAUGGUUGCUCAAUCCCAAUAGAUACCGGAAGUUGCUUAAAACCAGUUGGAGUGAAGCUGUUUUCGGAAUGUUCAAGUAUCAACUGAGGCGAGCCUCGCUGACAGAGGACGACGCGUUUGCUUUAUUGAAAGCUGACAGCAACGGCGUUUACCUCACAUACACUGGCUUUUGUGAAGCACUGCGGCAGCUUAAUCUGUUUGGGCAUUGUAAUGGGCUGAGUAGUGAAGAGGUUCAAGAACUGUGGGUGCAGGCGGAUGUCGAUGGAAAUGGUGUUCUCGACUACAAUGAGUUUAAGCAACAAAUAUGGAAUGCUCAUGCUCCUGCAAGAACAGAGAAAGAGCAAGAUCAAGAAGCAGCGAGCAGCGAGACGGAGCAGAGGAUCGGAUUGAGUGUAAAGAAUGCAGUGUUGUUCCCGACACAAGUCGAAAAGGGGAUGUGGCCCGAAGAUUACUCUCUUUCCGACCAUGCUCGCCUCACGGUUGUGUUUUCGCCCUUGAGAAUGACAUGCUCCCGCUCCCGACUAAAACCAACAUCCGCGGCGGCGGCGGCGGCCAGAAAUUAGUUAGUUAGCUGCAAGAACAAGCGUAAUCGUCUAACUUUGUAGUAUAGAUUGUGACUGACAGAGUCCCAUAUAACGUAAACAUAGAUAACAUACCAUAGCUGAGAUAGCCUCCACUCCAAAGAUUUCAUUUAUUUUA